AGCUAUAUAAUAACAGUCGGGUAGCCUCCGAAGUCCGAACACCAUCACAAACAAAGCAUUUCGAACUAAACUCAGAGCUCGCCAGUUUCCUGACAAAGAAGAAAGAACCAACCAUGGUCAGCGCCAAGAGGAUCGCUCAGCUGGCCAAGAAGUGGCAGAGGAUGGCAGCACUUGGAAGGAAGCGCCUCACCUGGGGCGCCGCAGCAAAGGAAGCCGAUGAGUGCUGCACCUCUGUGGCGAGCAAGGGCCACUGCGCGGUGUACACCUCUGACGGGGCUCGGUUUGAGGUGCCAUUGGCGUGCCUCGGAACAGCAGUCUUCGCGGAGCUCCUGCGGAUGUCAAGGGAGGAGUUUGGCUUUGGGAGCGAAGAUGGCAGGAUCACGUUGCCCUGCGAUGCCAAGGUCAUGGAGUACGCCAUGUGCUUGCUCAGGAGGGGCGCCUCUGCGGAGGUGGAGAAGGCGUUCUUGAGCACCAUGGCGAUGUCGUGCCACUAUGCAAAUCAUGUAGCGCCCUAUGUGACAGCUUGCUGUUAAUUGCAGCUUUGUAGUGAUUGUAUAGUAGUUCAGCAGUGUAGGUAGUAAGACAGAGAGAAGUGUUUGUUAUUCAGUGCCUUCUGAUCCUGCAAUCGAUCGAGGAAGGUGAUGGCUAAGCAAGUUCUUGGUUCAGAGCGAGCUCUUCACCAAACACUUCACCAAACACUUAAAAGAAAGCACGCACUAAUGGAAAAUAAGACUCUAUAAGGGCUUGUAUUUCUCCAAAAUAUGAACUCUUGUACAGUAAGGAUGCCUCCCCUUUUAUAAAAGGGAGGCCAACCGACUUUUACAUACCGAAUUUACCCUCAUACAACUAGUACAUUCUAGGAAUAUGCUGUACAUUUCAGUAAAGAAAGAA